CUCGCGCGCCACCCCGCGGCUCUCGCGCACGCGCGGCUCCGGCCCGGGGGCGGGUUCCGCGCCGGCCCUUGGCGACCACCAGCUCAGGGGCGGCCGCACGGCGUCGCGCGCACGCUCGGGCGGGGCUGCCAGCUCUUCUCCAGCGGCUGCUGAGACGCCGCUGCCGGGCCGAAGAUGGACCUCCCGGUGCUGCUCCCCGCCCCGGCCGCGCGCAGAACCCAACAUGGCGGCGGCGAGCCCGGCAGGCUCCGCCGAGGCCCGGGGCCUCCGCUCGGCUCGGGCCCCGCGCGCCGCCGCCUGCUGCUGCUGCGGAGCCCCGAAGAUGGCGGUCCUGGGCCGCGGCACGGGGAGGCCCCCGGGCCGAGCCCGCCGCCAGCCGAGGACGGCGGCGACUCCUUCGUGGUGCUGCUGGAGGUGGCGCGCGGCACCACCGCCGCCGAGACUCCCGAGCGGCGGGAGGCCGAGCCCGCCCCCAGCUCCGCCGGAGGACCGGAGCAGGGCCUCGGCGGUGCGGCCGCCGCCCCCGGCGCCGCCCUCGCGGGCACCGUCACCAUCAACAACCAGGACCUGCUGGUGCGCUUCGACAACGGGGUCUUCACGCUGGCGCCCGCGCCGCAGCCUGCGCCAGGGCCGGAGCCGCCGCCGCCGCCGCACCGCCCGCCCGCGCCGCCCGGCACGGCGACCGCGCACCCCGCCGAGAAUCGCCGUGGGACCGCGGGCGCCGGCCCCGGCGCACCGGGCUACCGCUGCCCCGAGCCGCAGUGCGCGCUGGCCUUCGCCAAGAAGCACCAGCUCAAGGUGCACCUGCUGACGCACAGCGGCCUCCAGGGCCGGCGGCCCUUCAAGUGCCCGCUGGACGGCUGCGGCUGGGCCUUCACCACCUCGUACAAGCUCAAGCGGCACCUUCAGUCGCACGAUAAGCUGCGGCCCUUCGGCUGCCCGGUGGGCGGCUGCGGCAAGAAGUUCACCACCGUCUACAACCUCAAGGCGCACAUGAAGGGCCACGAGCAGGAAAGCCUGUUCAAGUGCGAGGUGUGCUGUGAGCGCUUCCCCACGCACGCCAAGCUCAGCUCCCACCAGCGCAGCCACUUCGAGCCCGAGCGCCCGUACAAGUGUGAUUUUCCCGGCUGCGAGAAGACCUUCAUCACGGUGAGCGCCCUGUUUUCCCAUAACCGAGCCCACUUCCGGGAGCAGGAGCUCUUCUCUUGCUCCUUCCCCGGCUGCAGCAAGCAGUACGACAAAGCCUGCCGGCUGAAGAUCCACCUGAGGAGCCACACCGGCGAGAGGCCGUUCGUGUGCGACUCUGACAGCUGUGGCUGGACGUUCACCAGCAUGUCCAAACUCCUAAGGCACAAGAGGAAACACGAUGACGACCGCAGGUUCACCUGCCCAGUGGAGGGCUGCGGCAAGUCCUUCACGCGCGCCGAGCACCUGAAGGGCCACAGCGUGACGCACCUGGGCACGAAGCCGUUCGCGUGCCCCGUGGAAGGGUGCUGUGCCAGGUUCUCCGCACGCAGCAGUCUCUACAUCCACUCCAAGAAGCACCUGCAGGAUGUGGCUGCCCCGAAAAGCCGCUGCCCGGUCUCCAGCUGCAACCGCCUCUUCACCUCCAAGCACAGCCUGAAGGCGCACGUGGUCAGACAGCACAGCCGGCGCCAAGAUCUCUUCCCUCAGCUGGCCGCGCCGAGCGCCCUGCCGCCUAGCAGCGAGCUUGCUAACAUAGACCUCGCCGCGCUCUUCUCCGACGCCCCCGGUGCCAGCGGCUCGGCAGCUGGGUCAGACGAGGCGCUGAGCUCCGGCAUCCUGACUAUAGACGUCACCUCGGUGAGCUCCUCUCUGGGAGGGGCCGUCCCUGCCAGCAGCAGCUCCUUGGGGCCCAUCGACCCCCUGGUCCUGGUGGCCCACAGUGAGGUACCUCCGAGCCUGGACAGUCCUCUUGUUCUGGGGACAGCAGCCACGGUCCUCCAGCAAGGCAGCUUCAGUGUGGAGGAUGUGCAGACUGUGAGCUCGGGAGCCCUGGGCUGCCUGGUGGCCCUGCCGGUCAAGAGCUUGAGUCAAGACCCCCCGGCCCUGACCGCCAGCAGUACCUUGGCCACGCACGUCGCCACACCCACCUCUGCAAGUACCUCCCACGAAAAUGCCAGCGCCCCAGAACUUGUGGCUCCGAUCAAGGUGGAGCAGGACUCGGCUGCUGGCCCCGCCGGCCUGGGGCCGCCGGAGGGCAGCCUCGGGCCCCCACGGUCUGUGCUCUCCAGCUCAGUGGGGCCGCACAGCGCCCCGAAGGACGCCGAGCUCAGUGCGGGCACUGGCGGCCUCUGUUUGGUGUGAAGCCCUCUCCUGCCGCACCACCGGGCUCGGCUCGCCCUCCCUCGGGUUGGAGGAUGCUGUGGCUGAAUCCUUUCUAUGCAGCAGCUCGUACUGGUUCGCAGAAGGACGGAGCCUGGGCGCCCAGCCUGGGAGUCUGAAUCUGAC